AAGAGACAGGGGGAAAUGUGGAGUGAAUUCAGUCUCCUAGGGGCCAGCUCGUGUGAUGCUGCUGCUGCCGCUGCAACACCUCUGGGGGCGAUCCAGGAGACGCGGUGCAGCAGGCACCGAAGGAGGGAGGCAGUGUAGCCUAUGAGGAAAGCACCAGACAGACUACUACAACAGCGCCUGAUGGGGAACCGCUGAGAGAGAGAGAGAGAGAGAGAGAGAGCGCGCAAAAACAGCCCAUGGUGGAGAAACUGAGGAUAGGAAGGAAGGGAGCCAACCGACAGGCACGGGGAUUAGGUGAUUGAACCCGUGAUCGUCCAGUUUCAACAACGCUGACGGAGACCCCCCCCCUCCCCCCCCCCCAGCCUUCAGCCGCUGUUUGGGGAAAACGCCAAAGAAUUAAACCUUGGUGGAUCUGCAUUCAGCUCUAAACAACAAAGUGAGCAGAAUUUCAGGCAUGGCCAGGCUCGCGCUUACCAUCCUGCUCCUGUGUGGAUGCCAAAAUAGUCUCAGCCUGUCCUCCUCAGAGGCUCAGAAGGAGACGGCCGGCAACGACAACAGCACAGUUUUCACCAGGAUCCUGGAUGGGCUGCUUGACGGUUAUGACAACAGGCUCCGGCCGGGGCUUGGAGAGAAUGUCACAGAGAUCAAGACGAAUAUUUUUGUCACCAGCUUUGGCCCGGUGUCUGACACGGAGAUGGAAUAUACCAUAGACGUGUUCUUCCGCCAGAGCUGGAAGGACGAGCGUCUGUGCUUCAAAGGGCCCAUGGAGAUGCUGCCGUUAAACAACCUGCUGGCCAGCAACAUCUGGACCCCCGACACCUUCUUCCUUAAUGGCAAGAAGUCUAUUGCUCAUAACAUGACCACGCCCAACAAGCUGCUGAGGCUGAAGGAUGACGGCACUUUGCUUUACACUAUGCGACUGACCAUCUCAGCAGAAUGCCCCAUGCAGCUGGAGGACUUCCCCAUGGAUGCCCACGCCUGCCCUCUCAAGUUCGGCAGCUAUGCCUAUCCGGUGUCAGAGGUGGUCUACACUUGGACUCAGGGAGCUGCUAAGUCUGUGGUGGUGGCAGAGGAUGGCUCCAGACUCAACCAGUACCAUCUUAUUGGGCAAACUGCAGGCAAAGAGGACAUACGCACAAGCAGAGGAGAGUACACAGUGAUGAUGGCCCACUUUUACCUGAAGAGGAAGAUUGGAUAUUUUGUCAUCCAGACGUAUAUGCCCUGUUUCAUGACUGUAAUCCUGUCCCAGGUGUCAUUUUGGCUAAACAGAGAAUCAGUUCCUGCAAGGACUGUUUUUGGGGUGACCACUGUGCUGACCAUGACGACCCUCAGCAUCAGCGCCAGGAACUCGCUCCCUAAGGUGGCCUACGCUACAGCCAUGGAUUGGUUUAUUGCCGUAUGCUACGCUUUCGUCUUUUCUGCCCUCAUCGAGUUCGCCACUGUGAACUACUUCACCAAGAGGAGCUGGGCCUGGGAUGGCAAGAAGGCUCUGGAAGCACAGCACCCUAAGAAACGAGACCCCAUGGUGCUGUCGAAAAAGCCCAACAACGUUUGCUCGGCGGGAGUCAACUAUACCCCCAACCUCACCAAGGACAUGUCCAUCUCCACAAUCUCCAACACGACGUCAGUGCAGCUCCGGGCCUCUGAGACCAAGGUGGUGGACCCUAAGAAGACCUACAACAGCGUCAGCAAGAUCGACAAGAUGUCGCGGAUAGUGUUUCCCGUCCUCUUUGGAACAUUCAACCUCGUCUACUGGGCCACGUACAUUAACAGAGAACCGGUGGUGAAAGGAGUGGUCACCUCCACGUAAUCUUUCUCUUUUUUCCCCCCUGUUUUUCUGAGACGGAGAGUUUGUGUGAGGACGGAAGUCUGAGGGUGGGUGGACUAAAAGGAAAGGGGUUGUUGUGAGGUCUCUGCCCUAGACAUAAAAAAACAUAAAAAUAAUCUGCGCUUGAAGAACAAAAACAAACUUUACUCAGCUAUCUAAUUCAAGCACUUUGAAUGGAUGCAAGGCUGCAACAGAACCCCUUUCCUGUUUUUCAUGGCUGCUUGAUCACAAAGAAACUGAUGAGAGAGCUGACGCUUUGCUUCUUUCUCAUCUAUUUUGCUGCAGUUUGCAUGAAGCUCUCCUCAAAGGAAACCAUGAAGUCUGUCUUGAAUACCGACCAUGUAUAUGUCAAUCACUGCUUAAAUAGGGGAGCACACUUCAUUGCUACAACAAAUUGAACUAACAUAGGCAUUUUGAGCAAUUUUGCCUACACUUGCGCGUGUCAUGGAGGACUGAAAUGUACUGAGCUUAUGCUAUGGUAAGAAAACCUGCGAUAUAUUGUAUGUAUUUGAAUUAGAAAAAUGCAUUUGCCAUUUUUUUCUCCAAUUGCAGAGGGUGCUCGUGUGACUCUUUGUACAUCUUUUACCCUCUGCUGCAGGCCUGGUUUCCCAUAAGCAUUGGCAGUCAGAGUCUCAGUGGAAAAUGACAAAGAAAAAAAAAUUGAAUGCUACCCGAAGGUGACAAAAACAUCUAUUUGGAAGAUUAUCAUUGCAGUCAUUUGUGAAUUUAUAUUAAAUUAAAAAGUCAUCAUUUUGAGGAAGCUUGCCAACAAAAGUAUUUGGCCCACUUGCACCGGGUAACUGGACAGCUGUGGAUGAUGUGUUGAGGACAAAUUUAGGAGUGGAUAUAUGUGCUUUUACAGAAUUUUGAGACCAGGUCACUCAGCUAGGAAACUAAUAUUCACACUUGAGAGACCAGUGCUCGAAACGCACAGCGUGUCACAUACAAAUCAGCAGAGUGAUGCUGAGAGUUUGGAGACUGUCAUUCAGCGAGAUGACCAGGGUGCCAACCCUUAUUUAGGCAACAACACUGCUAGGCUGCAGGGGCCGCUUUCACAAAGACAAACUUUGACUGUGGCUUCAUAUAGACAUCUAAAUUAAAGUCUUUACUAACUUGAGUAGGACUAAUUUGCCAUUUGUCAUUAUUUAUGUGUAGCUGUCUAACUUUAAUCUAAGAGCAAAAUGAAGAGUGACCUAAAACUAACAGAGCACUCUUAAUGAAUAUCUUUGUGAAAUCUGCCCCAGGUCUGCUGAUCCUGACCUCUGACCUCCCCAUGUGGGGAAAAAGAAAGAAAACAGCAGUCAAUGAAGUAUCAUUAUCCCCAUUAUUUUACUGCAUUCUAGUACAACUGUAUCAGAUAAACUGCUUAUACGUCAGUAAAAACAGACAAAAAUUCCACAAGAGAGAGGUGAAUACACGUCAGCAAACUUACUGUAAAUGCUUGGUCUCACCUGGAAAGUGACACAGCAAAAUCAAUCUGUGCACAAAAUAUGUAGCUCUAGAAGGUUGGUGAGCUACUGCUAGUUGGAGAGAGCUAAAUGCUCACAUGCUAGCACUUGUCUGUCACUCAAUAGCUGAUUUUCUUUUAUUUCUUAGGCCGUUUACUCGCCAGUGGAAUUUUGAUUCUCAUGAUUUAGCUUUAUUGAAGAGGGAAGAAAAGCUCUGGAAACUUCCAACCAGACGUGACCACUGUGCUGUAACUAGCAAGCGUGUUAGCUUGGUUGCUAACAGGCAAUAAGUUCACACAUUUUAUUCAAAAGAGAUAUUUGGACCAUAUCGGAACAGUCUGCUGACCAUGUCUCUUUUGUGGAGAAGUGCAUAAAAGUUAAAGGCGUACCAUAGCUAAUAAGCCACUAAUAGCUUCCUCCAUUUUGGCCUCUCCAUCUCGGUGUUCUUUCAAAGUUCAGCAUUUUCAAGACGCUUAUUUCUUGGUCAGCAGUACAAGAGAUUAGCACUGAUUUUUUUCGCUCCGCAAGCAAAUACCCUUUCAGCGGGAUGAAGUGAUUUCCCUGCAGAUUUUUAAAAUGAUGGUGUGACAAGGCCUUUAAGCUACAAAGAUUUUGGGAAGUUAUUCCGAGUCUCAUAAGAGCAUCGUGUAAAUAAAGACAUUCUCACGUUUGAGUCUGAAGCCCUUAGAAGAAAAAAUAUGCCUAAGUCUUAUGUUGACUUUCAACUUAUUAAGAGUUUUUGUCUGAUAACUUUUUCUUAAUGCUUGUGUGUACAGGAGUAAGAUUCGUUUCCUCUUGUUGCUUGUAGAAGAGCUUACAUCUUUGAAUCGAAUCAGACUUUCAUUUCUUAAUUUCAGCUACACUGACGUAAUUAAACUGAAAGCAAUGAGCAUACUUUGUGGCAUUUCAGCACGUGUGAGUUGUUGGACUAUAGUGGUGAGACAUACUCAGGAACAAAACGACUCACACCCCCACUGUUUCUUCAAUCUGACGGAUUUUAAACAGUGUAGUUCCCUCCUGUCACUUGCUGCUAGGAGCGUUGUCAACUUUUUGCCGCUGAACAGAUGUAGAUACAAUGGUUUGGUGAAAAACCAUAUAAAUAAAGAUGCUCCUGUACUGUACCUGCUUUAGUUUGUGAAAUUGGGACCUACAGUAAAUAUCUUCAUGAUCGCUCUCAAAAUUCUUUCCAAAGCGCUUUUAUUUUGAAAUUUUUUCCACCAGGAUAGCCUGUAGUGUUUUCGUGCUGGUUUGGGUUGUUGAUGUUUUAUCUGCAUUUUAUGUAAAUCUAACGUGUUGCUGUCUGUCAAAUACUCGGUGGGUGUCUAUCAGCAAAGCAAAGAAUGUGUUUAAGUGCUUGUUAAACCACAGUAGCAGUGUAAAAGUAAAAGUCCAGAUAAACAGAUGCCUCUUUCCCCGGGACCAACCGCCAACCUCUGAAUCUGUUCUUCAUCAAGAAUCAGCUUUUGUUUCUGAUUAUUCCUGCGUUGGGAUCAUUUGUUUGUUCUGAACUUCUUCAGCGGUGUUUUAUGUGAGCUGGUAAAGUCUUAUUUGUUUGCUCCCAAAGGAAAAGAAAAUGUAAUAGGCAUUUUGAUCCCUAAUCAUGUAAGUGUAUUUAGCCUCCAUUAUUUUCACUACGGAUGGAAAUGUCGGUCUGCCAGCUGGCUGUUCCAGCUCAAUCAUCAGGUCAAAAGUUUAGUUUGUUCAAAGUUAUACCUGCACAUGGUAGGUCUAGCAUAAAAAAGCUUUCUGAAAUAAUGAUAAUGUAUAUACAAGAAUAAUGUGAAUGCCUAUAUAUAGCCUAGCCUCAUAACAUCUAAUUAUAAUUACAGACCGAGGUUACUGUGUUUAGAUUCUGCACCAGGCUGUGCUAGCUCUGUUAGCUUAAUUUAAAAGAAGCAAACAAAACAUAAUGGAAACCUACAGGCCUCUCCACCGCACCUGUAAAACAUUGCCUCCUAAUGAACAGUACUGAUAAAACUGACCCUAAUUGCUGACCCCUUCUGUAGACUACAUCUUUCUUGCCGUCCAAGAAACGAGUGCCCCUGUCUAUCCACCCGUCCAUCCAUCACCUCCAUCCAUGUAACCAUUACUCUCUUUUCUAUUGCCCCUCCCUCCUUCCUUCAGCCACUGUGACAGACUCAUCUGCCAUACAUCUGUUAGAAAAGGGAUUUAGUUCCGCUUAAGUUACUUUCACCCAUUCAGGGGGGGCCCUUACAGCAAAGCGCUUCAUUCCAAUUUAAGCCUCAACUGGCCCAGACGAUGACAAAUGCUUGUUUUUCUCUCUGCAGUGUCUGGACAGCUGUGGCUGGUGCGUGUUGGGGACAAAUUUUGGAUUGAUUAUAUGUACUUUAUCCAAAGCUAGCUCACGGGCUGUGAAGCAGACUGAGUUUUGAACUUGGGUCUCUCAACUGGAGAAUGUAAUGCACAUGCAGCACUCAGCUUAAGGAGACUAAUGCAGGGCUGCGAUAGCAACAGUUGUCCAUCCCAGGAAGGGACAGCCAUUACACAUGCAUGAAGUUCCUCUUGUUUUUAAGCCUCAAUAAAGAACUUUGAUUAUUUUGGAGGACCUUUGCUUGGAUUUAGCAAAAAUGCUGCAAAGCCAUUGUAGCUAUAGCUGGGCUUAAAGUAUUUGUGUUAUUCAUUCUUUGUUUUAUGUACUGUAUUUGUUUUAUGUACUAUACUUCAAAUGAUCAAAUAAAAAGGAUGAACAAAGA